CGCUUGACGACACGCGCAGACCUCCAGGCAGACGCGGCGGCGACAAUCACGGACUCAGAACGCGCGGCACGGCCACGGACGUCUGUGAAGUCAGUGUCCCGCUGUUUGCCUGAACGUAGCUAACCCCGCCCGCUCUCUCGGACAUAACCGAUACACGGACACGCGCAGCGGAGAGGCGGAAAAUUAUGGCGACGUUGGGACCGGAGUCGGCUCGCCCCCCUCUGGGUUCUUCUCCGUUAGUCCAGGCUCACAUCGGCAGCGCCAACCUGCCUCCCAACCGGGGCUUGGAGCGGGCGCUGGAGGAGGCGGCGGCCAGCGGCGUCCUCAACCUCAGCUGCCGAAAACUAAAGGAGUUUCCCCGGACAGCAGCCAACCACGACCUGUCGGACACGGUGGAAGCAGACCUAUCAAAAAACCGACUAACCGACGUCCCCUCAGAGGUAUGCCAUCUGGUUGCCUUGGAAACACUAAACUUGUACCACAACUGCAUCAGGUCCAUCCCAGACAGCAUCAUCAGCCUGCAGUCGCUCACCUCCUUAAACCUCAGUCGUAACCAGCUGGGCUCCCUGCCGGCCUGCCUGUGCGGUUUACCUCUGAGAGUCCUCAACGCCAGCAACAACAAGCUGGUCAGCCUGCCCGAGACCAUUGGACAACUGCAGAGCCUCAUGGAGCUGGACAUCAGCUGCAACGAGAUCACAGCUCUUCCUCGUCACAUCGGCAGACUCAAAGCUCUGCGCGAGCUAAACGUGCGCCGAAACCUUCUCUGUGUCCUGCCAGAAGACCUGGCUGAUCUUCCCCUGGUGAAGUUUGAUUUCUCCUGUAACAAAGUGUCCACCAUCCCAGUGUGUUACAGGAAGAUGAAACAGCUCCAGUCUCUCCAGUUAGAAAACAAUCCACUGCAGAGUCCACCCGCACAGAUCUGUAUAAAGGGCAAAGUUCACAUAUUCAAGUAUCUGAGCAUUGAGGCGUGUCGCAGCGAGAAGAUGCCUGACUCUCUCUACCUGCCUGUCAUGGGGCGAAUCAACUUAUCAAGGCCCACCACUGGCAGUGUGGAAGACAUGGAGCAGCAGAAGAAGCAGGACAGUGACUCAGGAGUCGGCAGCGACAACGGAGACAAGAGACUGUCUGCUACUGAGCCGUCAGAUGAAGACAGUCUGAGCCUUAAUGUGCCGAUGAGUCACAUCACAGAGGAGGGAAUCGGCAAAGACGACUCGAGUGAACACAUCAGCUCUCUGACAGCAGACCCAAACUCUGACUCGGUGCAACUGAUUGAGGAGAGCCCUACGGAAGCCCUGAGAGACCAGAACAGAGACUCUUCUCUCAGCACUCGCUUCAUCAACUACAUCAAGGGUAGGACGGCAGCAGACUUCGACGAGCCCCUCAGGAUAGAAGAAGACUCUCACUGGUCAACAGAACAAACGUCAAAAGUCACAGGGGGCACAGAGCUCCACAUUGACAUGAUCAACCAGCUAAAAGAGGCUGUGGAACUGCUGCAGGACCCCAGCAGGGUGAACACAGAGGAAGAUUUGUCUGGAGUCCAGCUCUAUCCAGUGGAGAUGGUCACAGUGGACGAGUCACUCAAUGGGCAGGACAGUGAUGACGGCGCCACAACACCAAAGCGAAAUGACAGAUCUCCAGUGAGCGGACCUCCAUCCUUCUCCAGCCCACCCUUUGGACUGAAACCUCGUUCGGCUCCACCCUCGCUGCCCUGCUCGCCCCCGCCUUCCUGUCUCGACCCCUCCCUCCUCCCACAGGCCUCGCCCCUCCAUAGAGAUACACCUCGUAGCCAUGACGACGGAGGCAAUCACAGCCGGGUGUUCCUGCGGAGCCACAAGAGCCUGGAGUCUGUGGAUCCUCAGUUCACCAUGAGAAGAAAGAUGGAGCAGCUGCGGGAGGAACUGGAGCUCAUGGAGCAGCUGAGAGAUAGCAUCGAGAGCAGACUGAAGGUCGUCCUUCCUGAAGACCUUGGUUCGUCUCUGAUGGACGGCGUCGUGCUCUGCCAUCUGGCCAAUCACAUUCGCCCGCGCUCUGUCGCCAGCAUCCACGUCCCCUCACCUGCAGUGCCCAAACUCAGCAUGGCCAAGUGUCGGAGGAAUGUGGAGAACUUUCUGGAUGCCUGUAGAAAAAUAGGUGUACCAGAGGACAAACUGUGUCUUCCUCACCACAUCCUGGAGGAGAAAGGCCUGGUCAAAGUGUGCAUCACGGUGCAGGCUCUGGUGGAUGAGGCCUCCCCCAGACACUCUGCCCAGACGUGAGCAGCAAAGAUGGGCGGAGCUUCAACCGACUGACACGUACCACAGACACACACCCAGAUCAAAUCGCUGAUGUGAUUUCACACAACGCUAAAAAAAGCCUCCGAUCCUUCAUGAACAUAAGUAACAGAGUGUUUUUUUGUUUUGUUUUGUUUUUUAAAAUAGUAUUCAAGGAUAAAAAUGGUGUUAAGGGAACUAAACCCAUCAGAAGUGUAUUAUCUACUAAUUCAUAAGAGGACAGUUUUUUGGACAAUUAAGAUUUUACCAUCGUGCCAAGCCAAGGGUGUGCUAGAAAACUCGAAUUAUCGGGGGGUUUUUUGUUUGUUUGUUUGUUUUAUGUCAUCUUCUUACACUGGUUGGUACCAUACUUUUGAACCAUGAAGACCACUGUGACAGAAAGUGAAAUUGGAUUUUGACAGUAGAACCAGAAAAGUUUGGGGAAAAUAUCACAAAUAACGUGAGAGAAAAGGCUCAAACUUUAGAAAAUGUCAUAAUAAAUUAUACAAAAUAUAGAUUUAUUCUUUUGAAAUAAUGAUUUUAUAAUUCUUCCAUUCAAUUAUUUACCUCAAUUUUCUUUUUUUAAUACAACUUAAUUGGUACAUUCUUUAAAAAAAAAAAAUGCAUCUUUUCUCUCAAAAUCAAUGUUUUCUUUCUCUGACUGUGGCUCUGGUAAUGUGUUGUUUUAAAUCCACGAUUGAACUCUAAAUUGCGAGCGGAUUGGCUGGAGCCAAAGCCUUUAGCGUACUGCAGUCGCACCAACUUCACCAGGUUAUAUCAUGCUGUCUAUGCACACGUUAGCAAAUGAUUUUUAUUAAAUUAUCAGUUAUGUUUCUACAGAUUUUUUUUUUCCUACUGAGGUUUCUGGUGAAGUGUUUUUGGACUGUGUGAGUAAUUAGUGUGUUGCUCUCACUACCCUGAAAAGAAUAAAACCAAAAUACUUUAGUCUUAAUGUAGAGGGAGUCGGCUGAAACCUGCAGUUUGUAUUUAAACACGAAACUAUUUAUAAUAUAAAGAGAUGCAGAGAAAAGCCGCUUGAGUUGUUGUAUACAGUCAAAAAAAAAGAAGGCCAAAAUAUUUUUCUCUAAUAUAUUUUAGGUAUAACUGUAUGUGUUUUAUACAUUUUUAGUAGUAUGACUUUGUGUGGAGCUGUCUGCUCAUCCAUGAGGCAGGUCUGAGUGUGCAUUAGUCUGGGGACACUAAUCUGUGUUUCUCAAGCUUCUGAUGGAUUAAAGUCCAGGUGAUUAUUUUGUUACCCUCCAUCCUUUUACGUGUGUUGGUAGUCAGCGCUCACAUAAGGAACCUGGAAACGUUUUCGGACUUGGUCCGUGAAGCUACUACUUAUUGUGGUAUUUGUCAUGAGAUGCAAUUUGCUAAUGUGCCAAAACAUGUGGUGGUAGUGGAACAAAUGAACAAACAAAAGCAAAAACCAGUCAGUGUGUCAAGGGAACAUUAUGCAUCACUGUGGUCAUGGAUGAAUUACUGAACAGGCCUACAGGCACAGCUACAGGGACCCACGGUCAGGGUGGCCCAGCUCAGAGCCCCAAUUUGAAGGGAUCAGCUAAUUUCAUCUGGAACAUUUAAAAAAAAAAGAAAAGAAAACACAGA